AUGUCGGACUUAGCAUUAAACCACCUUGCUAUCAGCGGGGCACUCCGGCGGGGAUGUUUUGUUCGGCUUAAAUCUUUCCAGGCAAAUUCUGUCAAGGGCAAACGGUCAGCAUUUCCUCAUACUCUAGCCGGCAAUGAGACUGACUAUAUUAGAAUUUUAAUCGUCCUAGAUCUCGAUGUGUUAGAAGACUUGGGGGAAUCUGAAAGGCUCGGGGAGCCGAAACCCCUUGAGAUGAAAGCUCCCGAAGCCGAGACGCCCGCAACGACAACCAUUUCAAGCAAUGGCUUUUAUGGCAUGGCACCGCAACACUCAGCACCACGGCAGCAGAACCAUCAGCGAGCAAGCGUUCCAACCAUGGCUCCCGCACAUGCUAACAUCUAUCCGAUCGAGGCCCUAUCGCCAUACUCUCAUAAGUGGACAAUUAAAGCCCGUUGUACGAAUAAAUCUGCUAUAAAAACAUGGCACAACAGAAAUGGAGAGGGAAGGCUCUUCAACGUCAAUUUAUUAGACGACAGCGGCGAAAUUCGAGCGACAGCCUUCAAAGAACAGUGUGAUUUACUUUACCCACUUUUCGAGGAAGGCAGCGUUUAUUACAUAUCUAGCCCUUGUCGUGUCCAGAUGGCAAAGAGAGGCUUUAGCAAUGUGAAUAACGAUUAUGAACUUACUUUUGAAAAGGAUACUGUCAUUGAGAAGGCUGAGAAUAAUGAUGAUGUUCCUCAAAUGCGCUUCAACUUUACGAAUAUCGGGGGCUUGCAAUCGGUAGAAAAAGGAACAACUAUUGACUUUUUGGGAGUUCUAAAAAGUGUCGAUCAAGUCACGGAGGUUCCUUCGAAGGCGACAGGAAAACGGUAUACUAAGCGUGAGCUUACGUUAGUCGAUGAUACGGGCUUUUCUGUUCGAUUGACAAUCUGGGGCAACAUGGCAAAUACUUUUGAUGUCAUGCCAGACUCCGUAAUCGCCUUUAAAGGAGUCAAAGUAUCUGAUUUUGGAGGCAGGUCUUUGAGCCUCUUGAGCUCAGGAACUAUCACUGCCGACCCUGAUAUCGAAGAGGCCCACAAAUUAAAGGGUUGGUAUGAUGCGCAGGGUAAAUUUGACCAAUUUACAUUUCAUGCUUUCAGCGAAAAUGCCACAGGAGCUACAGGCAGCCGGCAAGAUCCUCCUAAAACAAUUGUCGAGGUUAGAGAUGAACAGCUUGGAAUGUCGGAGAAACCAGACUACUUUGCUCUAAGAGCGACUGUAGUUUUCAUCAAGCAAGACAACAUCUGUUAUCCAGCUUGUGUUCAAGAGCGGUGUAACAAAAAGGUGAUUCAGCUAGACUCGGGAGAAUGGCUAUGUGAGCAUUGUGAAAAGUCAACACCCCAGCCUGAAUACCGGUAUAUCCUGUCUGCAAACCUCUCUGAUCAUACAGGGCAAUUAUGGGUCAAUUGCUUCGAUGAAGUUGGGCGAUCUCUCAUGGGAAUCACGGCCAAUUCUCUCAUGGAGAUGAAAGAGAACGAUGAUAAAGUCGCCAGUGAAGCCAUUCUUGAUGCCAACUGCAAAAUGUGGAAUUUCAAAUGCAGAGCCAAAUUAGAUAACUUCCAGGACACUGAACGUUUGAUAUUCAAGACUGACGUGUCCCUAGUGUUCGAUGUCAGGUUCUCAGUGCCACGCCGAUCAACUUCUCGCAUGAGUCUUCCAGGCUGGUAG